AUGGUUCAAGUGUUCCAAUCUCUGUAUCGUGAUUACGGUCCAGUCGUUCAACUCUCUGCCCUCGGAAAAAAGAGUAUCGUCAUCUUUGAUCCCGAUCUUUAUUUACAGGUCCAUCGAGCGAGUGGUUCAUGUCCCUUUGGAGCUACGGAUCAUUUAUGGAUGCUUCAUGCAUAUUUUGAGAAGAAGAAGAAGAAGGAGCAACUGCAACAACAGUCAUCAUCAUCCUCCUCCUCAUCAUCAUCAACAUGUUUUAUUGGCAAGAUGGAUUAUGGAACUGGUGAAGAAUGGAUUCGAGUGAGGAAAGGAAUGCAACAUGGACUCUUCUCUCCCGAUGCUUCCUCUCAAUAUUCGAGUCAUUUGCAUGAAGUGGCACGAGAUGCUUCUCAAAUGCUUGCCAAACCACAACAUUUACCACUUCAACAAUUUCUACAACGAUUGAGUUUUGAAAUGGUGACUUAUUCAUUGUUGGGAAAACGUUUGGGAACACUUGUCAAGGAAGAACCUUUAUUGAAAGCAACCAUACGAUCGAUUGAAUGUGCAAGUGCCAUGAUGAUGGGUCCCUUGCAAGAAUAUUGUAUUUCCUUAAAUACAAAAGUAUGGAGAGAUUGGGUCUCUAGUGUGGAUUACAUGUUAGAGAGAACUGGUGAAAUUGUGCAUGAUGCCAUGAAGAGAAGAGCAAUCAUGCCAAACGACUCGAAUCGAAAAAAAUCAUAUAUUGACACGUUGUGUGAAGCCAAUGAAUUGACCAUGGAAGAAAUUACUGCCAAUAUUCCUGGAUUAAUGAUGGCUGGAUUUGAAACCGUUGCAUCGACACUCCAUUGGACAUUGAUUCAUCUAGCUCAGAAUCCAAACGUUCAAGAGUUGCUCUUUCAAGAAAUUUCUUGUGUCCUCUCAACACCUCAUGGCGUCAAAGAUUUCGAAAGAGAUGAUAUUUCACACAUGCCUUAUCUGAGAUGUGUCUUGAGAGAGACGCAUCGAUUGACACCUACUGCUUUUGCCAUUCUGAGAAAACUGAAAGAACCACUAGUGAUUCAAGUUUCAGAUGAAGCAUCUACCAAUGAUUAUGAAUUACCUUCGAAUGCUUGGUUAUGUUUUAGUCCUGUAGGAAUGUCCAUGGAUCCAAAAUUUGUCGAAUCUCCACACGAAUUCAAUCCAGAACGAUAUUUGAAUCGAAUCACUCGCAAAGAACGUGAAUGGCCACUCUUUGAUCAUCCCUUAAUGAGAGAUGGAUUUGGUUAUGGACCAAGAAAGUGUUUAGGAGCUCGUUUGGCAGAAAUGGAAUUAUGGAUUGCCAUUUGUACCAUUGUAAGAGAUUUCAAAAUUACCCUUUCACCCAAUUCACCGAAAUAUGAAAUUGUGAAUCAUGCUGCAACGUAUCCUUCACCUUCUCCUCAUUUAAUUUUCACAAAACGAGUGUGA